AUGGAUGGGUGGGGAUAUACUGGCUACCUAUGCUCGGAAAAGUCUCCGCUUAGCAUUUUGGCACUCGGGAAACUGGUUGUUGAGGCUGGAUUCCCGCCUGGGGUUAUCAACUUCAUAAGUGGCGGAGCCGAGGCAGGUCACGCGCUGGCCUCUCACAUGAAGAUUGGUAAAAUCAACUUCACUGGAUCCUCGGCCGCUGGUAGAAAGGUUCAAGUGGCUGCGGCGAACAGCAACCUCAAGCAAUGA